UCCACUCAAAAACCUAAAAAACCAAGCUAGGCUGGUACUUACAAAUUCAAAUCCUUUUUUAGGUUGACCACAAAUUAAUAGUCUUCGAUCAUUUGUUACCUCAACUAUCAAUAGCAAACUUAUAUUAAUAGAGAAACAAGAAAAGCUUUAAAUACAAAUGUAGCACACACGAAAACAAGUCAACACGAAAAAGAUCUAAACAUCUACCAAACACAAUCCAAAUAUAUAUGUAAAAAUGCAAAACCUCUCAAUACUACUUGUGUGUAGCUUUUGCAUACUUGGCCAUGUAUCUAGCGCUGGAAUCAGGAUUGGUAACGAACUCAAAAACAAAAAACUCUUAUGGAUGAGAUGUUAUUCCAAAGAUGACGUUAUAGGUCCAUUAAUAAUACCGAUCGGAGGGCAUAGGUUCAAUUAUUUUGGUACCAACAUAUUUGCUACGACUCGUUUCAUGUGUACCUUGAGACAAGGGCCUAAUUAUAGACACCAUCAAAACUUUACAGCAUUUAAACUUUACAGUGCUUCAGAUGAUGGAGGCGUAUGGGAUUGGAGAGCAAGAGAAGAUGGGAUCUAUCUAAAGAUAAAAGCUGAGAGAGGUGUUAAUUGACCGGUUUUUAUGCAUAAAAAAUAUGAUUGGAUAUAUUAAAAACGUUAACAAGCUAUUUGAAUGUAAGAAGAUUUAAAUUUUUAAUAUUCAAUGAGAGUGUAAAAUGAUAAUAACAUUAUUUGUAUUGUGUUGAGUAUAUCAUUUAUGUAUAAAAUCUAAAAUUUGUAUGUUAUACAUUUCAUUAUUUGUAAAUCUAUAAUAAAACAAAUGUUAUUCAAACAA